UCCGUCUGCAGUGCGCGCUGAUCACGGUGGCUCUGCCCAGAUCCUCAGAGACCGAUUGGGCUGGUAUGUCACCUUCGAGACGAGCGAUUCCGCACGGCGUGCAGCGAUGGUGCUCAACCACGGUUCCCAUACUCUCGCGUCGCGGUCGGUGAAUGUGACAGUUCACCCUGCUCCAGCUCCGCCGUCUGCACCUGCACGGAAGCGUUGGACGGACAGCGAGCUGGUUGACGAGGCGGCGAGUCUGGUCAUCAAGGAGCUCAGAACGAUACUCAGAACGACACUUGAGAAGGACCUCUUGGACAAAGUAGUCAGCACCGGUGUUCAAAGGCUCGUUCUGUCCGAAAGGGCAAGACAGGUGGCUAGGGCGCCGGAUGGUGAGCAGGAAGCGAAGCAGUGGGGUGCUGGUCUUCGCGGGUUGUCGUUCAAGAAGCAACGGAAGCGACCUUGGGAGGAGCGCGACACGCCUAUACUGGCAACACCGCAGCUGGAGCCAGAGUUUACAGUGAUUCGGUCAGUCACACAUCGAGUCUCUCGCGGAGGAAGCUGUGGUUGAAAGACCGAGGAAGCGACUCAAGAAGGCCGUGACCAAGAAGGUCUCUAACGAGGAUAUCGAGUCGGAGGAUGAGGUGCCCGAGACUGUCCCAGUGACCAUAGCCAAGGCAGUCGUCAGCGAAGACGUCGAGUCAGAAGAUGAGGACCUCUCCCUUCCGGUCACUCCCAUACUGCCGGAUGUCACACGGAAACGGUCCACGUCUGAGGUCACCGAUGUU